AUGUCUUUGCUCAAGGAGCUCAGAUCAAGCCUUCAAACCACAAAAUAUCUUACACGUGCAUGUUUUGUGAGGCCAGGACUCCGUGCUGAUAUUGAGCUGAUCGAGACUCAGAAUCGUGCCUUCAAACCCUUUGGACACAAAAUAUCUUACGCGUCAAUGAAUCCAUUAGCCAUGUCAAGACACCUUCUUGGAUGGGUUGCAUUGGCUUUGUUAGUGGUAACGAUUCCAGCUAUCCCCAAAACUCUUCACCAGUACCUCAUCGGGAGUUUCAGUAUUCGCGUUCCGACAGCCUCGUACUGGUACUGUACCUAUAUUGGUGGGCCUUAUUUCUGUGGACCCAAAGGCCAUAGUCAUUCAAGAAAGGUGGCUUCACUAUCAAAUACUGUCACAUCGACUGCACGGUUUUCUGGCCUGCAAGCUCAGAUAGAUGAUGCCAUCCCCCUGGCCAAGAGAGGCUCGGAUUUCGCUGCGAGUGUCGGUGCUCAAUUUGCAGAGGAAAACAUGCAGCUACAAAAGUUCAAGGCUGGCAUUCCAAUUUGGAAACGUUUAAUGAACUUCGGAAGUUGGGAUAGUCAAUCGCUUAAUAGGAAUAUCGCGAUGACCUCGGCAAGCGCAUCGACAUUAAGGUCUAUUGCGACGAAGCUCGAAGACCUCCGUGCAACUCUUGUAACCUUUGAGGGCAAUGCGAAACAUUUUCGAGCUGAAAUUAUUGGCAAUCAUGUGGCGUGUCGUGAGCUAGCAAUCGAAGACGAGUUUUGCGCAAUGAGCCAGGUCAUUGCUCGCUUCAACCAGCUUUCCGAGGCAGCUGCUAUCAAGUCUAAAACUCCUCUCCUGAUCUUGCCUACCCCAACCCUUGAAGGUGUACACCGAUUUACUACUUAG